AUGGCAGGUAGUAGUGCAGUCGAAAAAGUGAGGAUGCAGAUGGAACAGGCAAGCGUUAGUAGAUUGCCUGUUCGUUUGGCAGAUAAAAUAGCUCCAGGAAUUCGUAAGUCAGAAUUAUUGGAUGUAGUAACAAAUGUUUGGGGAUUAAUUUCACAUGAAAAUAUACCAAUUUAUCGUUAUGAUUUCCGUGUUUUGGAAGAAUAUCCGCCUAAAAAAGAUAGCAAAGAACCUUCAUUUAAAGAAGUGACGAAACAAGUGCGAAAUGAUUAUGUUGCUGUGGAUCGAAGAGCAAAAUGUUUUGCGGUUUAUCAAGCUUUAUUAAGACGUGAGAAGCAGUUUUUCGGUGCCGCAGAUACACUCAUUUAUGAUCGUGCUUCCAUUUUAUAUUCAUUGCGAAAGUUAUCUUUUCCAAGAGCUAGUGGCGACGAGGUACGAAAAACAUUUUUUCUGAAUAAAAAUGAGCUUCCAGCGAAUAUAGUUAGCGAUGAUUGUGUUAAAGUCCAUGUAAAUAUCAAACCUUGUAAAGAGGAUUUUCAAUUAGCAAUGCAUGAUCUGAAGAAUUGUGUCAGUAAUAAUCCAGAUGAAAUCAACAGCAGUUUGCAGCAGUUUUUAGAAAUUUUGGCUAUGCAAGAAGUAUUUUUUAUGCAGGGCCGCUUUGUUAGUUACGGAACAGGAGAAUGUUAUCUUAUGGAUCCGAGUCAGUUUGGUUUUGGCGAUAGAGAUAUGCCUGAACUUCAGGAAGGAAAAUAUGUUGCUAUUGGUGCCGCAAAAGGUGUACGAAUUAUUGAAGGACUGGGUAAUUUUAAAAGAGGCAUCAAUGCAGGACUAGUGCUCGACGCAAAAAAAGCAGCAUUUCAUAUCGAUAAUCAGCAUUUGCUUGAAAAAGUAGAAUCCAUAUUUCGAAGGACUAGAGCUGAAAUUGGCCAUGGUAUUGAUCAACAAUCAAUACUUAUUUUAAGUAAAGCUCUCAAAGGUUUGUACGUUCGUUGUUCUUAUGGUAAAAACCGUGAGUUCGCUAUUGCAGGCAUUUCGAAAGAAAAUGCGCAUACAUCAAAAUUGGCGCUUAAAACGGGUGAAAUGUCGGUUGAGAAGUAUUUCAUGACGAAAUAUUCGAUUAAACUAAAAUAUCCAAAAUUGCCAUUGAUUAUGGAGCGAUGUCAACCAAAAAAUAACCUUUAUCCGAUAGAAGUACUAGUUGUAUGUGAAAAUCAACGGGUAUCCAAAGGACAACAGACAUCAUCUCAAGUACAAACAAUGAUUCGAGCAUGUGCUACAGAACCAUCUGUUCGAUUAAUGCAGACGAAUAGAUUGAGUCAAGCAAUGAAGCUUGACAAUUCUAAUCAGCAUAAAUGGAUAGGGAAAUGUAAUAUGACCAUUACAGAUAAUUUCAUGUUUCCAGCAAGAGUGCUUCCUCAGCCAGUUAUCGAAUAUCACACUAAUGGAUGGAUAAACCCAAAUGAAAAGACUGUAUGGAUGGAUGGAAAAAAAUAUUACCUAAUUCCGGCUGUUUGCGAAAAGUGGUAUGCGGUGGCAUUAAUGGGUCCACGAGAAGAAAGAUUUCAUGAAAAUCAAUUCUGCACUUAUAUAAAAAUGUUUUUGGAACGUUGUCGUAAACAUGGCAUGCAAAUAAGAGAUCCAAUUGGUUAUGAGUAUAUUCGUCGUUCAAAAGAGCAAGAUAUUGAAUCGUUAAUAAUAAAAGCCAAAAAAUCGGGUGCAACAUUCAUUCAUUUUGUGACUGCUGAUGAAUUGAAUUAUCAUGCACGUAUGAAAUACAUCGAAUCACAGGAACAAAUUCUUACACAAGAUUUAAAAGCGUCAACUGCAUUAGGAAUAGUCAUGAAACGGCAAUAUCAAACACUUGACAAUAUCGUUAAUAAAACAAACAUAAAAAUGGGUGGAUUAAAUUAUUCGGUUCAUCUUGAAGAAAACUGUGACAGAUGGCUAGGAAGGCCGGGAUUUCUUAUUGUGGGUUUGGAUAUUGCGCAUCCUUCUUAUUCUAGGGUACCUAAUAAAGAUCGAAAUACUGUGCUAUCAGUUGUUGGUUAUUCGGCAAACAUAAAAAAACAUCCGUUAGAUUUCAUUGGUGGAUAUCGCUUUGCUAAAGCUCAGAUGGAAGAGCUAAUGGAUGAUGCGAUACAACAAAUAUUCUCAGAUUUAUUGCGUUAUUUUAAUGCAAAUCGUGGGACGCCGCCCACCCACUUAUUCGUUAUUCGAGAUGGCAUAUCUGUUGGGCAAUAUAAAUAUGUUAUGAACACCGAAGUAGAACAGAUCAAACAUGCAUGCCAGUUAGUUGGUGGUCAAAACUAUCGUCCACAUAUCACAUUCAUUGUACUUACAAAGAUGCAUAAUUUGCGCAUUUAUAAAAAGAAUAUUCAUAAGCAAGAACGAGCAGCACAACAGAAUAUUAAGCCGGGUACAGUUAUUGAUAAGCAUGUGGUAAAUCCUGUCUUAAGUGAAUUUUAUUUGAAUUCGCAUUCUACAUUUCAGGGUACUGCAAAGACGCCACGAUAUACGUUGUUAUUUGAUACUUCGAAAAUGGAAGCCGAUGAAAUGCAAGGUAUUGUGCAUGCACUUGCAUAUAAUUUUCAAAUUGUUAAUAUGGCAGUAUCACUUCCAUCUCCAGUAAUGAUAGCUUCACGUAUGGCAAAACGUGGUCGCUGUAAUUAUGUGGCUAUGUUCGGGGAUGGAUCGGAAAGUUCUGAUAAUGGUAAAAAUAAUGAGAAGGAUGCAGUCGAGUUAAACAAACAACUAAGCUAUAUUAAUAAACCAUUGGAAGUAGUACGAUUUAAUGCAUGA